CUAGACACACAUGAAACGGUGUCUAUAGACGGCCUAGCAACUAUGUCUAUAGACCGUCUAUAGGCAGUCUAUAGGCAAGUCGCGCAAUAUGGUCUACUAGUGUGUACAAGGCUUAAUGGUGGAUUUCAUUGAUAUAUACAGGAAGCAUGUGGCUUUGUGGAAGGUGAAAUCAAAAGAAUACUCAAACAGGAAUUUAAGAAAUAAGGGUAUAGAUGAACUGCAUGGAAAGCUACAAGAACUUGACCCACAUUGUACGCGGGAUGAUGUGAUGAAAAAAAUAAAUUCUCUCCGUAGUUCGUUUAGAAGAGAACUUCGAAAGCAUGAGAGCUCUAAAAAGUCUGGAAAUGCAACUGAUGACAUCUACACGCCCACUCUCUGGUAUUUUGAAGACAUGAUGUUCAUAUGUGAUCAAGAGAUGCCACGAGAGAGUACAUCAAAUAUGGAAUCUGUUAAUGAAGAGAGUGUUGCUGAGCCACCAGCUGAUGAUGAAAUACCUUCAUGCAGCAAUGCUCCUGUAGUGAAACGGAGCAGGGGAAACACUACAAAGGCAGAUCACAUUUUAAACCUGGUCGCUCGUAACUUAGAAGAGAGAUCUGAGAGACAUGAUACUCCUAAUGAGACAUUUGGGAAGUACGUAGGCCAAGCACUCGACUCCCUGGACAAGAAAACAGCAGGCUGUGCUAGGAAACUGAUAAAUGAUGUGCUUUUUGAAGCAGAGAAUGGGAAUUUGUCUGCCUAUUCUAAAAUUGUAACAAACACAUACCAUUCACAUGAAUCAUUUGCAACACCAGUACCACAGUCGUCAAGUUCCUUUCAUGUAAGCGAUAAUUCUAAUAGUGAUUCCAAUAUGUCACACUAUUUUGCCAAUUUUCAGCCCUUGUAACAAUUUCAUAUGUGUCUGGCAAUCAAAGAGUGAGAUAUAAAGGGUUAUAAUUUUGGAUUGAUUUGGGUUUUGUCCUUUCGCUUGACACUGUGGUUAGAAAGCAUAGCACAUUUCAACAGAAGGUUUCAGUAUUUUUCACAUACUAUUACUAUGUACUGAUUUUCCUCAAUAAAUGCACAUUACA